CUACGUUAGUAGCUACUUGGUCCCCAACUGUUUCAGAAAAGUGUGAAGUGUUACAUUUUUAAACACUGACGAGGCAAAGUAUUUGAGGUCAUGGGAAACUCAGAGAGCGUAUGGUGGAUUGUAGUGGAAUGCACCUGCAGGAUCCUUGGCAUUUCUACAGCAACAGUGUUGUGUGCUGUGGGAGUGGAGACCAUACAACAGGGAGAAUUCAACAGCCUCGGCAUCUACCUAAUAGUGGCAUCUGUUGCCAUCAUGAUGUUCGAGCUGGCCUAUUUCCUGGAUGCUCUCCUGUUUAUGUGUCUGCCCUGUCCUCCGGACUGGCAGCUGUUUGUGUUGUGGGGGAAGAUGGCUCGCAUUGGAGGCUUCCACAAGUUCCUCUAUUACUCCAUCAUGUCAGUGGUCUGCUUCUUGCACCCUGUGUUGGUGUGGCAUGCAGUUAUCCCAGGGGCAAUGCUUCUGGUGACAGCCUUUUUCAACUUCAUACUCAGCAAGAAAACAAAGACCAAGUCUCCCAAAAGGCCACAGGAGACCUACAGUGACCAAGGCCCGACCACUGCCUGUGUGACCGAGAGAGCAGGCUCGGACAGCACUAUCUCAUUCUUCCACAUGGUGACGGGAAGGAGAGGGGGGGAACUGGCUCCCGCAACCAGAGACCGCUGCCUCGGCCUGGGAGAGAGAGGAGAGAGCGUCCAGGCCAUGCUGGAGCUCGAGCAGACAGCAGCACCCAAAGACACAGACAGGGAGAGGAGGAGGUGGAAAGAGAGGAGGCUGAUAAGCUUCAGAGGUAGGGAGGAGCCUGUGGAGAGAGAGAUGGAGGAGAUGGAUGGCUACUGUGAGCCAGAGCCAGACACCACCUCAGACACUGCACCUAUGAUUACUGACUGAACAUCCAUCUGGGCUCGGACUGAGCUCCUUACUGAUAUCACAUGAUGGAACGCAGGUGUAAUGUAGUCAGACUGACUGGGUGCAACUAGCUGGUGCUACAUGGUGGCUGGUAUUUUCUUUAUUUAGCAGAAAAUACCAUGUAACAUGUCUGACCAGCCACAAUAAGACAUUUGAGCAUUUU